UCCACUGAGGACUCUCCGGCAAGCGGCGGGCGGCGGCUGCGGAGUUGUUGGCACUUGUGCAAAAACAGACGCGAGCUUGCACCGCAUGACGCCAAGAUAGAGGAGCGCUGGCGUGCGUGCAGUAAAACAAAAGCCUCGUUAACCCCGCCUCCCCCGUCGCACCCCUACUGGAGAGUGGAAAAGGCACAAAGAGAAAAUAGGUAGCGAAUCAGCGGUCUUCAUGUCACAAGAGGGCACCGGAGUCGGCGUCAGAGGGGACAAACCGAGUUCCCGCGAAGGCGCUUCGCUUCUGCCAUCAGGCCAUCGUGCGUCGUCGAGCGAAGGCAUGCUGCAGUCCGGCGACAUGGAUAAGGAGGAUCACACGGGAUAUCGCACCGAAGCCUACACGGAAACAGGCAAGAAUGGCAUCUGCACAUUCCUCCUCACAGCCAUAUCCAUAUUUUUUAUCAUCUUGACGUUUCCCCUGUCGCUGUUCAUGUGCAUCAAGAUCGUGCAGGAAUAUGAGAGAGCCGUCAUCUUCAGACUUGGUCGCCUUGUCAAAGGAGGAGCAAGGGGACCAGGUCUUUUCUUCAUCAUUCCCUGCAUUGACAACUAUACCAAAGUCGACUUGAGAACGGUGUCCUUCGAUGUUCCACCCCAAGAGAUCCUGACCAAGGACUCGGUGACCGUCGCGGUGGACGCUGUGGUGUAUUACCGAAUUCAGAAUGCCACGGUGGCCGUGACCAACGUGGAGGACUACGGGCGCUCGACGCGCCUCUUGGCGGCCACUACUCUGCGCAACGUGCUCGGUACGAAGAGCCUCUCGGAGAUCCUCUCCGAGCGCGAGACCAUCAGCCACACCAUGCAGGCGAACCUGGACGAAGCCACCGAUGCCUGGGGAGUAAAAGUCGAGCGAGUCGAAAUAAAAGACGUUCGGCUUCCAGUACAGAUGCAGAGGGCUAUGGCAGCGGAAGCUGAAGCAUCCAGAGAGGCUCGCGCCAAGGUGAUCGCGGCCGAGGGCGAGCAGCGCGCGGCGCGCUCUCUCAAGGAGGCGGCUGACGUCAUCUCAGAGUCUGGACCGGCGCUGCAGCUGCGUUACCUGCAGACGCUCACCUCUAUCGCGGCCGAGAAGAACUCCACCAUCGUCUUCCCGCUGCCCAUGGAACUCCUGAGGGGACUAGUCUACCGAGAACCUAGUCAAGAUCUCUGAGAUGAAAGCCUGGCAGUAAGUGAAGCUGCAUCUUGGGACAUCGAAGGGACGUCGGUGGAGGAGAAGCCACAAGCACCAUGGUACCAAGGCACAUGACCUUUGUUGCACAACACACGCCCAUAAGAAGUUGUUGCGCGUAUUCAAUUGUGUUUGCGUUUCCUAUCUCCCAUCUGACCCAUUUUCACUCGAACUCGAACGUAUGGACUCGAACCACCAGCUGGUAUCCUUGAGUCAAUGGGUGCUGAAUGACGAGAGUAUGAGCGGCGGAGAGCUGGGAAGCCCUCGCCCCUGUUAUAGAAAGUGCUGACAUUUUGUUACCGGUAGCGCGUGAACAUAACUUGAAGAUGAAACCUAGUAGCAAAUAACUAGCGCUGCUGAACUGCGAAAAAAAAGGCGUGUGACAAUAUGCCUUGAAAAUGUUGGUUGAACUAUAAGACCAAAACUAGUUCAGUUUCGAAUUAUUGACGUAUGUUUACUUACAUAAUGUAAGCGUAAUCAAGCGUAGAUUGUUUUCUUCCUUUCCUUUUCUUUCUUUUUUUUUCUCAAAGUGCGUCCAAUGUGCGCAUUUCGUAGACUUUCUUUUUCGAUAGCUAUUUCUACCUACAGUUCUGGCUGUAACCCGAUGGAAGAAGCCUGUCUUUGUUUUCAAGUGGCUAUGAGUAAGUGAUCUGUGCUCGAAAAUCGCCACAGCCGCACGUAUACGUGCGAAACUCGAAUGACCACCUUUCUUGAAUUAUACGUGUCAUGAAAAUAUCCCCCUAGGAUGUUUUCCAAAGCCGACUCGCUGUCUUGAAGAACGGAAGGUGUUACGUGCAGUGAUAGUUGUGUAAAACGACAUGAAAUGUGGUCACGUGGUCAGACUGCAGUCCUGCGGGUCAGGUAGGGCCAUGAGAGUCGCCAUUGUGCACAAGAAAUUUUCGAAAGCCUCUAGACUUGACGGCCGUGCUCGCGAUUCGACAUGUAGCAGACGUCGCAUUCUCGAACAACACACAACACUACCAGGAGCCACGCGAUAUCAAGCGCACAAGACUCCUUACGUGCUAGCGCGCUCGGAAAAAAAAAAAGAAUACAGUUUUCGCGCUUGAGUGACAGCCAAGGCUCGGAGAAACGGCAGGAAACAAUUGCGUCGGGGAGACGUGUAGCUGCUGCCAUUGUUUUGAGGCGCGCUUGUCAGGUAUGCGGAUAGCACGUGACCCCAACCGAAGAUAUAUGCGAUGACGGGGCGAUUGUGAGCGAGUGAGCUGACUACCGGCGACUGCACUACACCGCUCCGGCUUUUGACAAAACAAGCUUUGUCUGCGCACCACAUCGCGUAACGUAAUUCACGCGUGGCGACGUGCCCCGGCGCCAUUCUAGCAUAGAACCUUGCAGGGGGAAUUCGUAAAUACCUGCAGUAUGGCGAGCAAGAUCGAGCAAGAUAAAAACAAAUAAUGGUAAGGAUAAGGGCAAGCGACAUUCUCUUCGCAUCUUUAGUCCAAUCAGGGGUUUGGGAAUUAUCCUGGCGUGGUCAAUUUAGCAAAGGGCCGAACACACUUUACGAUGGAAUGAAAGUUGUUGGCGAGACCGAUUAUUCACUGACCGGAGGAAUUUCUUGAAAAUCGCGAAAAUGAUAUUAUUGCGAAAUUAAGCCUGUGGCACAGCUCAUAUUUAAAAAAACGCCAUGCUGCGGAACUGACCGUUAAAAGUAAGUGGACAUUGUAAGACUGUUUUUCCUGUGCUGUAUUCACGUCAGAGACUUGCGUCAGAACCGUGUCGAAUGAAUUCAUGAUUCGAUAUAACCAGGAAGCGCACAAUAUAGUCUGAGUCGAGGGCGCUUUCUUCGAUAUACGAUGGCGAAUGUGUAUUCUUGGUCAAGAUGUUCCGGAAUGUGAAAGCGGCGAAAAAAUCCUAUUCACAAGUUAUGCGAAUAGCCUAGAAUCACAGUGAGUAGCUGAAAUCUUUGUACUACUCGAGUACAGGCUACGCUUUUCAAUUUCAGGCUGCGCGGCAAAGGCGGUGGGAAAUUUAACUCUUCCGUCGAUGUCUGGCUCCUCAAUAUUUUGGUCACGAGUGUACGACAUACAACUAUAACACGUUUAUUUAACUGACGUAAGUGCUUCGUCAUCGCGGGUUGGAAUAUUACAAUUCUGAAAUAAUGCGUUCGAGGUUUUUACCAAAUUCACGCUCUGGGCGCGCGAAUUUGGUGAAAACAUCGCGUGAAUAUUGCACGGCGCAAGAUCUCUACUGUCAUCAGGGAGAAGUCCGUAUGCGCCAUGCGUACGUGUGCCGAGCACAAAUCGACGUGGCACUUCCAGGAAAGAAAUUGUGCUUACUACGCAUUGAUGUUACUUCAUACAGUAUUUGUGCAGGAUUUAUUUGAACUUAGACCUGCCCCUAACCAUUUUCACCUUCUCCAUUUACUGUUCAGUCAAAAUAACUAGGUUAUGAACGGUGAACGAGCUAUUGUUGAAAAAAAAAAAUAACGCUUGUGCGCAUACCUCGAAGUCUGGUGACGCAAGCCCUCCUAGAGCGCGAAUAUAGUUUUUUAACUGGUCAGCAGGGCAGGAGCUGAAACGGAACUAGCAAGUGUGUAGAUGAUUGAGUCUUAUGAGUGGAUAGCUCUCCCAUUAGGCUAACGCUCUGAACAUAACUAAGUUCAAGCUAUUGCUUAAAGUACCAUUUGCUGACAGGGCGCAAUUACGCUAAAUAUGUGUCUGAACAGUUCCGGUACGCGAGCAGGUUUAUUGGAAGCUUAUUGUUUAGUUAUACCAACUCGAAUAUGGUAAUUGGGUGCUACUGCAUUGAUACCUACGGUGCACGUGAAGUUCUCGCCGCGCCAAACUGGACAAUGCAAGAAGCAUAUCCCUACGCACAGAGUGUUGGUUACAAGAAGCACCUAAGCUCUGCCUGCGCGUUGUGACUGCAAAAGUUUCGAAGGCACAAGAACCUGUUUUCUGCAAAUCGUGGCAAUAACUGACCAUACGUUCACUGUUAGCUGCAGCUUUCGUGGUUACCACGCGAAAGACUGUUUUUCCCCAUAUCUGCUAAUGCAUCCUUCAAGAACAUACCUCUCGAACAUUCAAUUCACUUGAACUCACUGAAAAGUACAAACAUUACUUAUCUCUACCGGAAGCACAAAAUGACAUGUUAAAACCAGGUUAUUUGCCUUGAUUGCUAAUAUUGGCCUUAAUCGCUAUAUAAAUGUUAAAAAUAACAUCAUCUGACAAGCAAUAUGCAACACUUAAAUUUGUUGACCACAGCUUUGCGUUUCAAUACACAGCAUUAAACUCAGUGUUAGUCUUAGCACGCUGCAAUGGGCAUUAAUUUUUUUAUCAAUCAGAUAGAGCUUCCCAGAACUUAAGAAACAUGACGUCCCGUGUGCCUAAGCCUAUAGUGUUUCAAAUGCACCACGCACUAGGAUACAUGGGGUUUACAUACGGUAAUGAGUGAAAAUUACACUCAGAGUAAAUUUUUAGUAUACUCGUAUGCGUUUGAAAUGAAGGCAUCAUCUUGCCUAACGUUAGAUUGCUUUUGAUCUUGGUAGUGAAAAAAAAAUGUAUGUUUGCAGAUGGGAAUUACUUUUUAAAGCGGCAGCAGCCACGGAGCAUCGCUGUUGGAGUCCUGAGUGUAUUGAAGAAAUUAGGCAGAAAAUUUCAGGUCGUUAAAUUUUUGAACUCGCACGUUUCAACCAAAAACCAAAACCACUGAACCGAAAUAUCAAAAUAACUGCUAAUUUAAGGCUUUCGAAUCGAAAGGCUGCGCUAUGCAUUUUGCAAGGAUGCACGUUUUCACUCUCCCAUAAUGUCGAAACAUGAUCUCACCGUUGUAUUUGCCGCUCGACUUUUCUUUCUUCAUUAGCGAAAUUGCAUUUCAGAUUAUUUAACACUAGGUUUGUUGACGGUUCCCCUUAAUAAUGAUACAUUUACCCUUUUUUUAUCACUGCCAGCCUGCGGGCUAUAGCACUACGUCAAUGCAAAGGGAAAAAAGAAAAAGGAAGUAAAGAGACGCCUCUUUCACCCGACUGCUCUCCGACGGUAAAUGAUUCAGUACCACAGUGGCCUUCUAUCUAUAUAUAUUGUAAGAAAAUAUUUCUGGAAAGGAACCUAAUACAGCACUCGCUGGAGGGCGUCUUCUCUGACAGUGCUGAAAUGUAUAUCGAACCACUUAGUUUGAAUGCAGUUAUUUUCUUUACAACGAGCACUUGAUGGCUUCCGCUAUACGUAAUGUAUACAUGGACCGGUACAUGUUCGCAGAAGCACCUGACUGACUAGACAAAGCGUGCGUGAGCCCAUCCGUCCGUCUGUGCGUGUGUGCGCGUGUGUGUGAGAGAGAGAAAGAGAGAAAAAAUUUGGCUAAGCUAAUAAAUGGCCUGGUAGGAAAUUUAGUCGCAGUAAGUAGCCUCAAAACCUCCAAUGAACGUUGUGCUUUCAAAGAAAGGUGGAUCGUUCUGGGCGAGAAAGUAUCGGACUUUCUAAGGUCGCCUAAAUGGCUGAUAUUGUUUAGUAUCUAUGCGAUGCAAGAUUUUCUGUCACAAAUGAGUCAACAUGUUAAACUUUUUUUCCGAUGUAAAAAAAGCUUUUCGAAUCUGCGUCAACCAUCAAUGUGUUUUAAGCCAGCAUACAUACCAAACGAGCAAGCGUUCGCCUAAAUGCCGAUUUUCUGGUGUCUUGCUUUCUCAAGUACGCUUUCAACAACAACAACAAAAAAAAAUAGUCUGUCGUCUCGUUGCGCAAACGGUUGAGUGCAAUAUUUCACAUACCUUGUCCUAAAUGUUGUUUUUACAACAUGGCCGUUAUUUCUUUCUUACAUUGAAACGCGUACGUUCUGUUCAUUUUUAUGGUCAAGCUUUUCACUUAAGAAAGCAUCGGCAAUUGGUUGUUCAUCUUCGAGGAAGGAUCAGCGCUGGAUACACGGACAGAGUGAAAGCUCACGGCAAGCGACACGUUGCGCCGACUAACUUAUUUAUUUACACAUUGGACGAACAUUUAAAUGCACCUGAGCGCAUCGUCAAAGUCACAAAAGAGGUCUAAAACAUAAAUGUAGGAAACGUAAGGGAUGGUCAUCUUUACACAUUGGUGCGUACACAUGGCGAAUGCGCUUGCAUCAUUGUGACUGCCUUUGUGUCCGUGUAUCAAGCGCUGUUCCUGCCGCCCUUGAAGGUUUCACUUAAUUUCCACUGUUAUGAUGUUCUGAUCAAUGUGAAAUAAACAUGAAGAGUUGGACUCACUACGGUGAUCGUGGUGAUGUGGCAGCAGGCCAGGUUAGCCUGGCUUGCUAAUCGGCAAUUGUUCCGACGACAGUAUCUAAUGGAUGGAAUGAAUGUAAUCGUAAAGGACCACAUCCCAUCGUGAGCACCGCUACACUUUACUGCGUUCAAAGGCUACAGUGACGUUUGUGCUUUAUGUGACAUCAAUGUUGACAAAUGUCUCAGCAAUUUCACCCAUCUGUACAAAUACUAAUUUUGUUGGAUUUGUUAACGUUGCUUGAAAGGUGGAGCGUUCGUUGCGUGUAAAUGUUCACCGAGCAGAGGUUGAAUUUUUAUGCGCCUGGGAGACUGAUAUUGACUAACAUUAUACUGCCUCGAAGUAAAUGAGAAAAAUAGAAGAAAAUGAAGAAAAUAAAAGAAGUGCCCCAGAGGGACUACAUUUCUUCUAGUUUUGACUCAUUCAGCCUUAUAAUCUUUUUUUCUAGAACUGUCAGAUUUAUUUUUAAAAUUCUAGCGCCCUUACUUUGCUACAGUACUUAGGCAGCAAAACAAGCUAUCGCAGGAUAAUCCAGGCAAAAAAUUGCAUGUGAGAAACAACGCGCACAAAAGAGCGUUUUGCGAUUUUGCGCCAAGUAAAUACCAAGUAUAACAACUACACAAAGGUCCAAGUGAAUCGUUUUCCCCAUCUCUAAUCAUUCGCCUGCAAAAAAAAAAAAGAAAGAAAAAAGAUUUUCAGAGACGCCACUCACCGCCUUUCUUCUUUACCCCGAGAAGACUUACUUGCGGGGACGGGAAGGCAUUCGCUGGUCAUCCGGCAUCCACGAGGCCCCCAAAAGCAUCUCGCGAUGCAUCUGCCGGACGCCUUUUGAAGUUGUGCGAAAGUAUUCGCCCACCGCCAUGCGUGUUACAGGAAAUCGCAGAUCGUUGUCGUGCUACUAUAGCGUCCACUCCUUAUUAGCGGAAUCUGUGUUCCACUCCUCCCCAUCUCAUCCUGUCGUUUCAUGUGCAAGUGUAGUGAAAUCGCAGCAGCUUGGUGGUACAGCUUAAGUGUCGACAAUACCGUCAGAGCUAAGCAUAUUGUUCCGGGAAUCUAGACCAACGGGUUACUGAAGUUUACUGCCAAGUCCAUGUGUUCUGCGUUCGAAGCAUGUUAGCCUUCUCUUCCGUUCUGCGACCACUACAUUACAGGCACCGAAUCACGCAUUAAGUACUCUUAAUGUGAUCUUCUUUGUUGUUCUUACGUAAAAAAAAUGAUAAUGUUCAUUUUUUUCUUAAGAUGAUCGUCCGGGACAAAAGUAAACAUAACGCUGCGCUGCCAUUCCGGCUCCUCUGGAGUGAAAAACCAGUAGCAUUAUUGUGAUUUUGUUUGUGUGGCGGCAUCGCCCACGCGCGGUCAUUCAUUAUUCCUCCUUAUUGCAUGCAGUACAUGCGCAAUUACAUUCUACAACAGCCCCUGAAAGCUCUCUGUUUAAUACGUCUCUGGGGAAGAGCGCUACGGGAAAACUAGUACCGAAACUUCCCUGCACGCAUUUAUUGUAAACUGUGAAGUAUCACGUCCGUAUACAGCAGCGUCCUGUGGUUAAACGACCGGGCUUUACGAGGACACUACCUCCAAAUACUACAGGCGAAAUCUCACUGCGUUUAGAGGCCGGUACCACGGAGCGCACGUGCAGGUGCUUUCGCGCGAAGCAAUAACUUUUCAUUUUUUUUGUCGCAGACAUCAUGCACAUAAUAACGGAUUGAUCGAGGCGAUGCAACUUUUUGCACUAAGACAAAGGUAACAAGAUGCUGUGCCUCAACACUUCUUGGCAGGAAAACGACUAAUUGUUUCCCUAUCACUUGGACAAUUCUUGAUAUCAGUGGUUCUAUUAAGCGAAUACCACGUCGAGAGCGCUAACAGGGCCACGCAUUAACUUUGUCAUCUCUUCGCUUGUAUAAUAGAAGCACAUGUAUGCAUAAAAAUUUGAUCUCUGUUCAUCGUAAUAUUAUUAUAUUUGUUUUCCUAGUGAACGCUUUCACUGUCCCACUACUCCAGGAUUUUGUACCGACUGACCAGUCGAAUAAAGAUACUUAUGAACUAAA